AUGGGACCUCUUCGACCUCGAGGCACUCGCUCGCUCUCCCUUCCUGAUUCAAUCGUCGCCAACCGGCAACCAAUGACGCCUAAACGCCAUGCGCAUCACAUUCCCGAGAAAGCUCGUGUGUAUAUCUUGCCAACGACUCCUAACGCAAGAAUCGAAGACAGCAUAGUCUUUGUCCAGACAGGCAACAUGGGAGGGAAAAGUGUGCAGCUCAUGGCCUUCCAGCAAGGGCUUGUCGGAAAUGUUGGUGGCACGUUCAUUAAGGGGCACAACAGUGGGGAGUGCAGACGUUCCAGUGCAAGGGCUGGCACAAAAGGAGUUGGGUUACUGCAAGGUGUCAGGUCCUAUCUUUAUGCAGAAAACUCCCAUGGCCAGAGUCGCAGAGUGUCUGCGGCUCGUACCUCGACACCAUGCACGCCCCUUGGUAUCCAGACAUCCAGUCACCUCCUGCCCCACGCCGCCGCUUGUCCAUCCCUCCUGGAGCCCUUCCCCUCUACUGCCCUCGCACCUCGUCUAGUUGAGCAGCCUACUGCUAGCAUUUCCGCUCCAUGGUCGGCAGGGACAUCGGACACGCCUUCGUACUUCUAUGCGGAGAGCAUACUAGGAACUCAAAUGGAGUUCUACUCCAUCUCGUAUCCAAAUGUCCAUUCCUGGGUCGUCGCGCUCUUCAUCGCUGCCUAUACGCUCUGCCGUGCAGUCUCUCAAGCACCGGAGCCACCCCUAUCGUGGCAGCCCUUCCACAUCGUCGCGCUCGGUGUCAAUGGCAAAGUUCCCGAGCCCGAGGACAUGGAUGAACCUAGCAUGGUGAAAUGCACCGUGAAGUCAUCCAAUCUGGUGUUUCUCGAGCUCGAUGAAGCGGCACGUAGAGAGACACAUGGGCCACAGAGAAAGUGGAAUUGUCGUGGAGUGCUUGUUGAGCUGGCUUCCGAGUACGGUAUCCCGACUAGUGCAGAGCCAUACGAGCACAAGGGUCGAUGGAUGGUAGGCGUGUGCGAGACGCGCUGCAGUCGGAAGGACGCACUGGUUGGAUGCAACUGCUCGUACCACGGCAGACCUACGAUGAACACAAUCACUACCACACCCACGACCGAUCCUACUUCAAGUUGA